ACUGAGUGCAAACAGAAAUUUAUAUUUUAUUUCGUUUCUUAUUUUGAUCAGAAGCGGUAGUACGUUGCUCAAAGAAAGAACAAGAACGUAUUUCAUUGUGAAAAAUGAUUCAACAUUUUAGUUAAUGAUUGCAUGAUGAGCGAACAAUAUUUUUAGAGCACGUUCAAAAUGAUUUUCUUAUUGUGAGGUUUUUAAUCGGAUUUUCCGUAUUCUAUUUCGCUCUGCCUAGUGUUUGUACUGUAUGUAAGAGUGAGAAGUGGACAAUCAAGUAAUAAUUGCAAUUUUUAAGUUCUAAAAGUGUAGAAAUUACAAUGUCAACAAGUGAGCAUGAUACUAUGAGUGAAACGGCGUCUUCGCCGGUGUCGUACACGGGGUCCCCGCAUCGGUCGCCGUGCCAACAGGUGCCGCAGUUGGCUAAUGUAUUCACAGAACUUACGUGUGCCGAAUUCAAUGGCUACAAUGAGAUGAAAGACAGGCCGUUCCUGCGCAUAGUGGAGCAGCCGCAGGACCACUUCCGGUUCCGGUACAGGAGUGAGAUGGUGGGCACACACGGCUGCCUGCUCGGAAAAACCAGCCUCACCAGUAAAGUCAAGACGCAUCCUACGGUUGAGUUGGUGAACUGGAACAUGCGAGCACUGAUCCGCUGCAGGCUCGCGCAGCACCUCAAGUCGGACGAGCAUCCGCAUCAGCUGCUCGAGGACGAGCAAGAAGACAGAGAUGUUAGCGCGGAGGUGCCGGAGCGCGGUAGUUACCGGGUCGGUUUCGCUGGCAUGAGCAUCAUACACACGGCUAAGAAAGAUGUCCCUGCUCUUCUGUUCAAGAAAUAUAAGGAUAAGAAAGGAAAACCUAUCGACAACAGAGAACUCAUGAGCUUUUGCGAGACGGAGGCUCGAGGUAUCAACCUGAACAUCGUGAGGCUGAGGUUUAGCGCCCACGACAUCGACACCGACCGCGAGAUCUGCUCUCCGGUGUUCUCCGAGCCUAUACAUAACAUGAAAAGCGCAGCAACUAAUGACCUCAAAAUAUGCCGCAUAAGCAAAUUCUACGGCCGUCCCAAAGGCGGCGAGGACGUUUACAUUCUAGUAGAGAAAGUUAAUAAGAAGAACAUUGAGAUCCGCUUCGUGGAGAGGAAUGAAAAUAAUGCCAUAACAUGGUGGGCUAAAGCACACUUUCUUCAGAGCGACGUCCACCACCAAUACGCUAUCGUGUUCAGGACACCAGCGUACAAGAACCAGGAGAUAACCGAUGACGUGAAAGUGUCAGUGGAGCUAGUGAGGCCCUCUGACGGCCGCUGCAGCGACCCUAAGGAGUUCACGUAUAAAGCAGACCCGUUCACAAAGCAUAACAAGAAGAGGAAAGCUAACAUGCAGUCGCCGUUUAGCUCCUUUAGCAGUUCCGGCUCUUUAGGAUCAAUAAAAAGUUUUGGUCUACCGGCCACCGUUAUGGAAUUAAAUCAACAACCACAGAAGUCGGCUCUAGAUAAUGAUGAUUAUAUGAUAAAUCUGACGAUGCCUAAUGCCGUUCCCGUAAUGAUGGAAACCCAAACCAACGCCGAUUUAGGCGACGCACUAAUGGGGAUGGCGUGUGAUCAAGAACUAAGCCCCAAUCCUUUGCAACUGCACUACACUGUCAGUCCUAUGAUGCCGCAGGCGGACCCGCCUACGAUUAGCUUAAGUUCUACGGAGUUUGCAAACCUUCUGCGAGCGGAUUUAGAACCAGAUCAGAGGGAUGAUUUUACAGCACUUUGCCAGCAGUACAUGACUCCAUCAAUGACUGAGUUCAUGCAAGACAGGUUGGAACCGGAUUCAGGACGCGGAAAGCCUAUACUCCAAGGGAAAACGCAAGUACAGCAACAGGGCACCCGCCCGCAAGUGAAGACCCACAACACAACGGACAAGCCGAGUGAAUACACCGCCGUCUACACGCCCGAACACGGAUCGGAGGUUAAGAAAUUGGUAAAGGAGAUCUGUGAUCAUAUACGGAACAAGGCUGCUUUCAAGAAGCAAGUGGUGAAAGAAAAACUAGAGAGACUGUUUGCGAUGCGCCUUUCCAACGGAGACACGUUCCUUCACAUGAGCCUAUACAACAAUAGAGUCAGUUUUGAAUACAUAGUAAAAUUACUGCACUCUAUGAAAAUGCACCAUCUUAUCAAUCUCGCUAAUGAUCUCGAGCAGACGAUUCUACACUUGGCCAUCGUCUACGACCUUCCCCAGUUGGUGACUGUCAUCAUAGCCAACGGUGGCGACCCAAUGCUAUGCGACCAAGACGGCAACAACGCAGUUCACUACGCCACGCAAUGCGGCGUCUGCAUGCAGCCGUUACUCGACGCCAUCAAGAAGAACAAAGUGCCGUGCGACCUCAACGCCGUCAACAAAGAGAAGCAAACGGCCCUCCACUUAGCCGCAGUCCCAGGAACCGAGCCCUCCGACAUCGAAGCAGCAAAGCAUUCCAUAAGGUUACUCCUACAACACGGGGCCAGCCACAACGCACGCGACGCGGAGGGCCGCACGCCGCUGCACCUCGUCGCCUACGACGACCGCUUGGCUCUCGCUAGGGUGCUCUUGGACCACAUGCCCGAGAGUGACAUCGAUGCUGUGGACAGCCGCGGCUACACGGCCCUCCAAAUCGUGUGCGGCGGGGAAAUCAGAGAAAACACAAUCGAAUUUAUGAAAUUACUCAUUGACAAAAAGGCGGAUCCUCACGCAUACGAGCCACAUACGGAGUCUGCAUGGACUUUAGCACGCGACAAACUGGAGCUGCGCGCCGCGCUGGUGGCACUUCUCGACUGCGACACCGACGUCAAGUCCGAGCCGGAGGAUGAGUACGAGUCGGCCGAUGAGGGGGAGGAGUCAUGCCUGAGCGACCUAUUUCUAUACAGCAGUGAGCUAGCCGCGGAGCUCGACCAGUCGGGCGCGUGGCGCGCGCUGGCCGCGCGGCUGCGGCACGACGCGCUCGCCAACUGGUACGAGAACACGCCCAGCCCCACCCGCACCCUGCUGGCGCAGCUCAAGGAAUGCCAGGACAGCACCAUAACGUCGAAGUCUCUGAUGCUGAUACUCGAAGACCUAGGCCUGACGGAGGCGGCGCAAAUUAUUCGCAACAGAACCGGCACUCUCGACUAGUCGACUUGACCUUUAUGGCUAGUAUUAUGUACAAUACUCUCCUUGUCAUUCCGUACUAAGUGAAAAAUUACAGUCAUUUUCGGGCAUUGACAUAUAUCUAAAGACGGGCCUUACGGAGCUACCCAAUCGUGCAGUCUGACGCCACAACGCGAUUGGCUGAUGAGUUCGCAUCACGCGCGCGAUUGGUCGCAACUAGUUGCGUUAGACUGCACGAUUGGCUCGAAUUCGUGAGUGACACCACUGAACUAGCACCAUUCUUAGUGCUUACGGGCCCGACCUUAGAAAUAUGUCAAUAUUUCCGGGCCACUAUUUAAUUGUAGCGCGCCGCUUAGAAGUAAAUUUGAGAUUUGUUAAAAUUGUCUGUUCAACAAUAAAUUGAAAUAACAGGUCCCAAAAUUAACUUUUUACGACAUUUGUUUCGAAUCAAAUUUGAAUUGAAUUUAUUAGUGGUACAUGGCGAUAGUUAUUUAGUUUAUUGUUUUAGUAUCAUUGUGAGACAGUUUUAUUAUGUACUAGUUUAUCUUAACCAAAUGUUCAAAGAGUACAAACAAGUACUAGAAUAUGCAACACAUAUAUAUCAUGUGUAGUUAUAAGAAUACACAUAAAUAACUUUCCUUUUAUUAAAUCGUAUACUGUAGUUAUUUAUACGAGAUAUCUACCAAUUUUAAUUUGAAUCGACUCAGUUGUAUUACUGUACUAUUUUACUGUUUAUAACUUUUAGAAUACGUGAGACAUUAACAGAGCCCGGAAUUCUCGUAGCAUUAUUUAUAAGAAACAAUAAAAUAUUAUAAUUAUAAUUUAUAUUUAUAAUUUCCUAAAAGUUGGUAUCCAAAGGUUAUCUCGAAGAGUUCGCUCAUUCGCGAUAAGACUGCCUAUUGUUUACUUCUACUUGUAACCAUAUUUUUCAUAUUGUAUUCUGUAUUUAUCGAUAUACAUAUGUAUAAUCGGAAGUCGAUAAACCAGAAGUCCCUAUGACAGCUCAAAAGUGCCACGAGAAUUCCGGACUCUGGACAUUAAUUACUUGUUAGUUUAAAUUUUUAUCCAAAUAAUUUUCUUAUGUGUCAAGUAAACUGAAAUUGAAUGAAUGGAAAUCGAAGGAAUGGCGUGACGCGAAGCGUUUUCAUGCAUGCGGAGUGUGAAAUGUGCCAUGUGCUAUUAGUAGUAUUAAUAUGACCUCUAGCAGUCCAGGUAAAAAGGUAUCCCAUUCCAUUCCUUAGUUUGACAAACCAAAACUGUUUUUGUCUCGGUGGCUAGAGAAUGAAAAUUACAUAUUCCAAGACGAGAAAAAUAUAUCAGCAACAAUUUAUACAUUUUUUAAUUUUAUAAGGUUUGAAUUAUUAUUCAAACGUCAAAUGGCCAGCGAUUACCAUUAAAAAAAAAAAAUUACAUUCGUAUAACUCGUCAAUACAAUACAAAUGUUCGAGUCGUUUGAACGAUGUUUGCACGAUGCAUAUGCAACUUGCGCAAGUUACGUGCACCGUGUUCAAGUGCAUUCAACGUAUCUCGUCUGUAUGUAUUAAGAACAUAAUUUGUUGAAACUUGUAACUGGCCCUGCGUUGAAAGCAAUAGGUUAUUUCAAUCAGUAAAAACUUUAAUGUUUAAAUUACGAAACCAAACUUAGGUAAGCAGUAUAUUAAGAAUCAAUGGUGCAUAAUAUGCAUUAUGCCUAAUAUCCUAUUUUUCUAAUUAUUGUUAUUGUUUAGAGAGGCCUUUCAGUCUGAUGUGUUUGAAGACACAUUUUUAUUUCUAAGAGCUAUAUAGUAAGGAAACGUGAUAAUACACGUAAGCUUUAUGUGGCUUACAUUUUGAUGUUGAUAAAUCAAUUAUAUAUAAUUAAAUCAUAUAUUACUUGUAAUUUCUAUUGACAAAGUAUUCGAUGACGAAGUUUAAAUAAUUGACCAUACGCUGUCGCAUUCAAUAGUUUAUAUAUUUUAAUAAAUAUGGGAUAGAAUAUGCAACACAUAUAUAUCAAAUAUGUAAUUAUAAGAAUAAAACAGGAAUGAAAAUGCAUUUUUGUUAUAUGUUUAUAGAAAAAAUAAAGAUGUUAUUUUUAA